UACACUCAAGUUUCCGCCCCGAAAGUUGUAAUGGUCGCUCUGCUCACUGCUAGCCUGCUGCAGUAUGCAGACAGAUAAAACGCAGCGUUUUACACCGAAACGUGAGUUUAGGAAGGUCAGGUUUGAGUCAGAGUGUUAGUAGACCACCUUGUGAGGCGGAGGCGUCGUUUGUUGUAAAGUCUAGAGCGGUCUGGACCGAGCGAAGCGAUGCUGGAUCGUUUUGAGUGCUACGCCUUCACGGCGCUGUGCAGCGUCAAUUUCUUCGUAUCGUGUUUGCUGUUCUCGGCUGUGAGUCGGGAGCAGAGGGAGCCCUACAUGGACGAGAUCUUCCACAUCCCACAGGCGCAGAAAUAUUGCCAGGGCAAAUUUAACGAGUGGGAUCCUAUGAUCACAACUCUGCCUGGUUUGUACCUGGUCUCUGUGGGAGUGAUUAAACCGGUAGUGUGGCUGGCCGACUACUCCGGGACAAUACUGUGCUCCACUGCUAUGCUGCGCUUUAUCAACCUCCUUUUCAACUGCGGCAACCUCUACAUUCUCUAUCUCAUUAUCUGCAGGCUGCACCUUAAAGACAAGUCUCGCACAGCUGGGCGAAGAGUUCUCUCUGCCCUGACCCUGUCUACCUUUCCAGUGUUGUACUUCUUCACGUUCCUCUACUACACAGAUGCCGGCUCCACCUUCUUCACCCUCUUCACCUACCUCAUGUGUCUCUAUGGGAGCCACAAAGCGGCAGCUCUUCUGGGCAUCUGUGCCAUCCUCUUUCGCCAGACCAACAUCAUCUGGGUGGCAUUCUGUGCUGGCAGCAUCGUAGCUCAGAAACUCGACGAGGCUUGGAGGUUGGAGCAGUCGAAGAAGAGGGACGAGAAAACACCUUCACAGAUACCGUUGGCGAUUAGUGGGGUGAAAAGGGUAGCACGUUUUUUAGUGGAAUAUCUCACAACUCCAACCAACAUAAAGACAGUGAUUUUAUCUACGUGGCCAUAUGGCAUAGUCGGGUUUGGCUUCAUCACAUUUGUGGUUUUGAACAAUGGCAUUGUGGUCGGAGACAGGACUAGUCAUGAGGCUUGUUUGAACUUCCCUCAGCUUUUUUAUUUCUUCUCCUUUACAUUGGUCUUCUCCCUUCCUCUCUCACUUUGCUACCACAGGCUUGUCAGGUUCAUGCAAUCUCUAAAAAAGCACCCUUUAUUGUUUCUUCUCAUGGCUGCUGUGUCUUUGCUACUAGUCUGGAAGUUUACUUUUGUCCACAAGUACUUGCUGGCAGAUAACAGGCAUUUUCCUUUUUAUGUAUGGAAAAGGAUCUUCCAGAAACACCAUCUGGUUCGCUUCCUUCUAGUUCCUGGCUAUUUGUUUGCAGCAUGGAACUUUCUAGACACACUGAGGUCCAAGUCGUUGUUUUGGAUCUUGGCUUUUUUCGUGUGUCUAGUGGCAGCUACGGUUCCUCAGAAACUUCUAGAAUUCCGCUAUUUUAUUCUUCCGUAUCUCCUGUACCGUGUACAUGUCCCUCUACCGUCUCUUCACAGACUGCUGCUCGAAUUUGGUCUCUAUACAGUGGUCAAUGCAGCUACACUCUACAUAUUCAUCUACAAGACAUUUCACUGGCCUGAUAGCACCGCAGUGCAGAGAUUCAUGUGGUGACAUUUGAACAAUAUAAUCAGUUCACUUUUUUACUGAAGAAAGGGAAACUUACUGCUCACCUGGCACCUUCCUACCAUAGAUUCAUGUUAGCAAAAGAACAUGCAAAGACCAAAAUAGACACUGUAUAAUGGGCUGUUAGCCCGUUCAUGUCCAACAACUAAAUUGGAUAAGACAAAAUGUCACAAUUUUUUCUGAUUGUCAAAGUAGUGAAAUUUUUAAACACUGCCUCAAAGGGGUUCCUAGAACCUUUACAUUAUGUGGGGGUUCUUUAAAGUUCAACAAGGUUCUUUACACUCACACAUCUCAUUAACAACAGUUACUUUUUAAAGCACUAUUCGUGUAAAGGUUCUGAAGGGAAUCAAAAGUGGUUUCUCUAUGGCAUUACACAAAGAAUUGUUUCCAGCUUUCCUGUUGCUGGUGAGAAUUACCGUGGUUACAGUCCCCAGUGACUGUA